CGCAUUCCCCACUGACCUGCCACCAGCAACCAUGGGGCAGAGCAGCAAGUCAGGAGCUGGCGGCGGAGGUGGAGGUGGUGGCGUGGUUUGCCCUUCGACGGCGAUCAGUAUCGGUGGCUGUGCCUCCGGAACGGCUUUAAUUUCACUAGAUGCCACUGGACCAGGUGGAGGCGGCGAGACGGAGCACGAACGUGGAACCUGGACGGGACGAUUUGAUUUCCUGCUGUCACUGCUGGGCUAUUCAGUGGGUCUGGGCAAUGUUUGGCGGUUUCCCUAUCUUUGCUACAAUAAUGGAGGAGGUGCUUUCCUCAUACCCUUCACCAUCAUGCUGGUAAUUGCCGGCCUUCCCUUGAUGUUCAUGGAGCUGUCUUUUGGCCAGUAUGCUGCCCUGGGCCCGGUGGCCGUUUUCCGCAGGUUCUGCCCCCUGUUCCGCGGAUUGGGAACCGGCAUGAUCCUCGUCUCGGCCAUCGUCAUGCUCUACUACAACCUGAUCAUCGCCUGGACCAUCUUCUACAUGUUCGCCUCGUUUGCCACCAAGCUGCCGUGGCAAAACUGUGAGCCCGCCUGGAGCACCAAGUAUUGCUUCUCCUACGCCCAGGCGGAUCAGUGCGAGGCCACCAAUGGCACCUACUACCUGCGCACCUGCCACAAUGCCACCUCUGCGGCGGAGAACAACAUCACGGCCCUGGCCCUUACAGCUCUAAAGCGUCCGCCAGCCGAGGAAUACUUCAACAACUUUGUACUGGGCCUGUCCAAGGGCAUCGAGGAGACGGGCAGCAUUAAGCUGUCACUGGCCGCCUGCCUUUUCCUGGCCUGGGCGAUUGUCUUCCUCUGCCUGUGCAAGGGUGUUCAAUCCUCCGGCAAGGUGGUCUACUUUACAGCCCUAUUCCCCUACGUUGUCCUUGUAAUACUCUUCGUUCGUGGUGUAACGCUCCCGGGCGCCAGCACGGGUAUUAUCUUCUACCUGACGCCCGACUGGAAGCAGUUGGCUAAUGCUCAGGUGUGGGGCGAUGCAGCUGUUCAGAUAUUCUUUGCCUUGAGCCCGGCUUGGGGAGGUUUAAUCACGCUCUCCUCCUACAACAAGUUCUCCAACAAUUGCUACAAGGACUCACUGAUUGUGGCCUUCUGCAACAUUGCCACCUCGUUCUUUGCCGGUCUGGUGAUCUUCUCGAUCAUCGGCUUCCUGGCCCAUGAGCUUAAUGUGGACGUGGAGAAGGUGGUGGACCAGGGUGCUGGCCUGGCCUUUAUUGUCUAUCCGGAGGUGGUCACUCGGCUGCCCAUUUCUCCCGUCUGGGCUGUGCUGUUCUUCGUGAUGCUGCUCACCCUGGGCCUGGACUCGCAGUUUGCUCUGAUGGAGACCGUAACCACUGCCAUAUUGGAUAGGUUCCCCAAUCUGAGGCAGUACAAGAUUUGGGUUGUCCUCUCGGUGGCCAUUUUCGGUUACAUUGGCGGCCUGGGCUUCACCACAAAUAGCGGCAUGUACUGGCUUCAGUUGAUGGACAAAUAUGCUGCCAAUUGGUCGGUUCUGCUGAUUGCCAUUUCGGAGUGCAUCCUGAUUGCCUGGAUCUAUGGAUCGCAGCGGUUCCUCAACGACAUUCAGGGAAUGAUUGGCAAGCGAUCUUGGUUCUGGAACUUCUUCUGGGGCAUCAUGUGGCGUUACAUUACACCAGCUACACUUCUGUUCAUUCUCUUCUUCAACUGGGUGGAGUACAAGCCGGCCAAGUAUGGACACUAUGUGUACCCUCUGUGGGCCGACACUGUGGGCUGGAUCAUUGGCCUGCUGCCCGUCCUGGUUAUAUUCCUCGUUGCCUUUCACGAGAUCUGGCAGGCGCCGAAGAAUCUCAGCUUCCGGGAGCGUAUCAAGUACCUGCUGAAACCCACCGCCGAGUGGGGGCCAGCGGGAAGGCCCUGCGUCAACCUGCACGCCGAGCGAUACCAGAGCCAGAACUACGACGGUGUGACCAACAACCAGAUCCUCAUCGAGCACGAUCCCCCGCCCAAGCAAAAGGAGGCCAGCAAGAAGGAGAGCAAGUUGACCAUUGAUGUGGACGUAGAUGUUGAGUGCCUGCCACUGGCCACAGUGGGCAAGCGACCGGGUCCGGCCAUGGCCAAGGCGAUGGGCAAGCAAAUCAGCAGUGGCAGCCUGCAGACGAAUACCAAGAACGGCACCCACAAGUCCCCCACCGAAAUCAGUCCCAGCAAGCAGCCACUGAUUCCAAACGAAAAGGAGGCUAAGCCGGCAGCCAAAAAGGAGGCAGAGGUGACCACUAAGGUCCUAGCAGCAGGAACCCAGAGCAGCGGACGUGAGUGCACUGCCAUGUCCACGUUUGCGGGCGGCGGAGAGAAGAAUCAGAAUCCCAUGAAAGUCAAUUCGCCGGCAAAAGCCACGACGGCGACACCAGCAAAACCAACAUCUGAAGCUGCUCCGGCCAAGAAGCCAUCGACCGCCGGGGUUGCCACUGCCACUUUGGUUACCAUUGCGCCAGGUCCAACUCCUGCAGGAGCUGGAGCCAAGGGCAAGGCAACAGUUUCAAGUGGUGCCUCCAACGGCAAAGCCCCGCCGCCACUGGCCCAUGCUGCAGCACUACUCAAGGAUACAAUUACGCCAAUCAAACCGACAAUAUCGGCAGCAGCGACAACAGCAACAGUUGGCGUUGCAGCUGGGGCCAAGCCGACUGUUAGCAUUGCUGCCAAUAAAGACACGACGUCCGCAAACACAGCCCCGGCGAAAAUGUCACCAGCCACAAAAAUCACACCAGCCGUCAAGAACAUACCGGCAGCUGCUCCGACUAAAGUAAAUGUUGACGCUGGCACAAAGCCAACUGUUCCGCUUUCCACGUUCAAGUCAGAAGGAAAGCCAGAGGCAACAUUCGUGGCCAAAGCAGCAACAGUUAGUGUAAGUGUGACAAACGGCAAAGCAAGUGCCAGUGCAGCAGAGAUGCAGGCUGUAACUAUCACAGCAGUCAAACCUCCGGCAGCGAGUGUGGCCAAUGGAGCAGCAAAGCCACAGCCAGCAACAGUUGCAGCCACAUCUUCAAAACCUCCAGCAAAAGCCACGCCGCCUUCAGUGACAGCCACGACCAGUGGCAAGACAGUGGCUGGUUCAGCAUCUGCGGAUAAAGGUGCAGCUAGCAGCAGCAACAUUUCGGCCAAAACGGCGAAAGCUGGCAAAACAAAACCCGGCGAAAUCAGCCCAACCAAGGCGGCAGUAAAGUCACCAGCCAACAAGGCCGGAGGAACAACAAGCCCCACAAAAGCAGCUGCCACCAGCAAGUCAAUAGGCGCCUCUGCAGCUCCAGCUAGUCUGGGAAAGACCGCAGCCAAGACAGCAGCAGCAACUCCUCCAGCGACUCCGGCAUCGGGCAAGAAAGCAGCAGCCAGCUCCUCGAAGACAACAGCAACAUCCGGCGGCAGUCAGGCCAAAACGAAAGCCAAUUCAUCGGCGGCAACUAAGAAGUAAUAGGCCCUAAAUUAAGGUUGGUCGUAGU